AAUUUGACGCAACCAGUCAACUGUCUGCAACAAUGUAAGCAGCUGUAAUUGUGUUGCCACUGUGGCAGCUGAAACGAUGCUUUUGGCAACUCAACAGCUCUACGCUGAUUGGUCAGCGGGGGGGGUUCGAUGCAGAUGAUGUCAUCCACUGUCAAGGCUCGCUGAGCUAGACAGAGCGAGAGAAACAGACGGGGCAAAGGGAGAAGUUAGCAUCGCGUUGACUUAAAAUAAUUUUUUUUUGUCGCUGAAAGGCGGUGACACCAAGUCAAGGCUUUAUCAAACACUCAGAUAUCACCUCUAUCGGGAAAUUCCGCUUCUAUGAUGUGUUGUUAAGCUGCCAUUCACCGCUGAGGAAACGCCAGUCUCCGUAAAGGCUGUCUGCAUACUCAGCUACUGUAUAGAAGACCCUUCAGACCAUGAACUACGUGGGCCAGUUGGCGGGCCAGGUGUUUGUCCAGGUCAAAGAGCUGUACCGAGGCCUCAAUCCCGCCACCCUUUCUGGCUGCAUUGACGUCAUCGUAGUGAGACAGCCCGAUGGAUCCCUGCAGUGCUCACCUUUCCAUGUUCGCUUCGGCAAAAUGGGAGUCCUCCGCUCCCGAGAGAAAGUGGUGGACAUGGAGAUCAAUGGAGAACCAGUGAAUCUCCAUAUGAAGCUUGGGGACAACGGGGAAGCAUUCUUUGUGCAAGAAACAGAAAAUGACGAGGAAGUGGUUCCGUCCUACCUGGCCACCUCUCCGAUCUUGUCAGAUGGAGCCAUUCUGAUGAGCUCCUCCCUGAUGGGGAAAUGCUCCGGGCCAACCAUACAAACCCUGGGCUCCUCGGGGAGCAUGGGAGAGACCGGAAGUGUAGUGACGAAGAAGAGGAGGAAGAGGAGGAAGAAGACUCGGGCGGACAGCUUGAGGAGAGAGGAGAGUGGGGACUACUCCGAGGAUGAAGACAUGUUCACCAUAGACAUCAGCUCAGAUGAAAUGACGACGAUGCAGAGCAACAGGACUUCAUCUCAGGACGUUUUAAGAGAUGAGACAACAGACGGCUCUUUCUACACUCGUUCAGAUGGAGAGUGGAGCCCUAUUCAGAGCCCUGGAAACUCUCGUCCCACCUCUUCUAAGAGCGACUCUGAACUAAUGAGCAAGCCGUCAAACAAUCAGAAUCCAACCAUGCACUGGGCGUGGGGAGAGCUGCCACAGGCUGCCACGCCAUCCUUCCUUCCAGUGAAAUCCAACCCUCAACCAGUGUGCCCAGUAUCCAUCCCUUUUUCUGAAAGCACACACUUCCGUGUGAUAACUCACGAGGCGUCUUCGGAACAGUGCGGACCCUGCUCAGAAAUAUCAGCGCUCAGACUGCUGAUGCCAGAGGAGACCAGUGAGGAGACAGUUGAGAUGGAGUCCGAAUCCAUGAGGAUGGAGACCCAGACAGCCGGAGGUGCGGCAACUUGUAUGAUGUCUGACACGGAGGAGACAAUGUGUCGUCCACCAGGAAAGACAGACUCUCCAUCCAAGAGAAAAGACAAGAGAAGCCGCCAUCUUGGUGCUGAUGGAAUUUACCUGGAUGACAUCACAGAGCUCGAGCCUGAAGUGGCGGCCCUUUAUUUCCCUAAGAGUGACGGUGGUGCAGCAGUGAGGAGCAUCUCGGACCCGGGCCUCCACAGCAGCAGUCUGUCCCCACAGUCACUCAGCUCUGGAGGGGACAGCGGAGUGGACAGCUACUGCGACCCCUUGGCUGACAUGCCGUCUAUCGCCAUUUCCUUGUGUGGAGGACUCAAUGACAACAAGGAGAUCACUAAAGAGCAGUUCCAUGAGAAGAUCAUCUCUUACCAGCAGUUUUCGGAAAACCCCUCCAUCAUCGACGACCCCAACUUAGUUGUGAAAAUUGGCUCCAAAUACUAUAAUUGGAGCUCUGCGGCUCCACUUAUGCUGGCUAUGCAGGCCUUUCAGAAACCGCUGCCAAAGGCUACAGUGGAGAACAUCAUGAAGGAGAAGAUGCCCAAGAAAGGAGGGAGGUGGUGGUUCUCCUGGCGAGGCAGAAACAGCAGCACCAAAUCGGAUUCCGUCUCUGAGCGUGGGGCCUGUGGCUAUGAUGAGCAGGCUGGGAAAAUGUCAAGCAGACGCAAAGAAGAGUCGUCCUCUAGUGAUGAAGACCACAGGGCAGCCAAACAGAGCUCUGCCACCAUCCAAUCAGAGCCUGGGCUCACACCGGGAGGCGUGACUUAUAAGAAAACACUUCGGCUCACAUCAGAGCAGCUGCUGUCUCUCCAGCUGCAGGAUGGUCCUAACGAUGUUGUGUUCAGCGUGACCACUCAGUACCAGGGAACCUGUCGCUGUCAGGGCACCAUCUACCUCUGGAACUGGGACGACAAGAUAAUUAUCUCUGACAUAGAUGGAACCAUCACCAGGUCGGACACACUGGGUCAUAUCCUGCCCACACUGGGGAAAGACUGGACCCACCAGGGCAUAGCACACCUCUACCACAAAGUCAGCCAAAAUGGCUACAAGUUCCUGUACUGCUCAGCUCGAGCUAUCGGCAUGGCUGACAUGACCAGAGGUUACCUACACUGGGUCAACGAAAGAGGCACCAUGCUUCCUAUAGGCCCCGUCCUUCUCAGCCCGAGCAGCCUCUUUUCAGCUCUGCACAGGGAAGUGAUCGAGAAGAAACCAGAGAAAUUCAAGGUGGAGUGUCUCAACGAUAUCAAGAACCUCUUCUACCCCAACACACAGCCAUUCUAUGCAGCAUUUGGCAACAGACCAACGGAUGUAUAUUCCUAUAAAGAAGUAGGAGUGCCUCUAAACAGGAUUUUUACAGUAAACCCUAAAGGAGAGCUAGUGCAGGAGCAUGCCAAGACCAACAUCUCAUCUUACGUCCGUUUGGGUGAGGUGGUGGACCAUGUGUUUCCUCUGAAGAUGCGGGCCUCCUCCUCAGACUUCCCCUGCUCAGACACCUACAGCCACUUCACCUACUGGAGGCAGCAGCUCCCCCGGGUGGAGCAUCAGGGCACUACACCUCCACAGUCUCCCCGUCCCAGCAGCUGACUACCCGUGGCCUGCUGAGCGGCUCCUAGCAGGCAGAGCACUGAUGGGUGUGAUAUGAAUCUGUAGAUGUUUGUAGAACAUGUAGCACUUUGAGAUCACAGAGAGAGCGAGAGAGAGAGAGCUGCUGUGAAUACUCUUAUAACGCACAAGAGGGAUGUAAGCGCACUUUCAUGAAAAGACGGCCUCUGUAGCCUUCUGACUAGAUGUAUGUAUUUGAGCAAUUAUAAUAAUUUAUUCAGGCAGCUUAGCACAUGUAUUAUUUUUGACAUUAUUUAGGUAGCUAAAGGUAGCUUUCUAGGCAGACAGUUGCAUUCUGCAUCUAACAGAUGAUAUGGCUUCUGUUCAGAAGUGCAUCACACAGACACACUGUGCACACAUAAGAGAGCAAGUUACUUAAACGUGUGCCAAAUACUCAACGUAGAAUUUAUUUUCGUAUUUCGUUUUUUCAGUCCAGACUGUUACAGAUCCUGAAUCAGCAUGGAAAUGCAGAUAUAUACCUAUAUACAGUACAUACAUGCAGACUAAUUUGACUUUAUAGCAACACGUGUGUGUAAUCUAAUAUUCUGUUUGAAAAAAAAAACAGUAUUAGUUACAUAUUACAUUAAAAUGUAUUACAGAGCACAAUGAUUGAAUGAUCAUCUAUCUAUAUAGCUUGACAUUAUCCUGACAGAGGGUGCAUUAUAAAGACGGUUUGGAAUGAAUAUUUAUUGUUGAGACAAAAUAAUGCUGAUAGAGAACAGAAAGAAAAACAUUUUCAGUGGUCAAAAUCAAGAGUAUCUGUGAGAGGAACUGCUAAAUCAUUUUUAUUUUUCUAUUGACAUCCACACUGUCUAUAUGUUGUGAUCAUUUCUGUUGUGGCCUUCAUGAAACGCCUUUUAAUUUAUCCAGUUCAUAAAAUAAGUCUAUGUGACGUGUUCCACUCUCUAAGAUGUAUGCUUGUUUCCAUAAAUGCCAUAGAGUAUAUUUUAUUUAUUCAUCUGAUGACAUACUGACUGAUAUAAAAUGUAGCUUACAUAUACAUUAGCCAUUGGUUCUUUUACUGUACUUCCAUGCCCUAGUAAUGUCACUUAAAGCAAAGCCCUCAUUGGACUAUCCAUAGCUUAGAGCAGACAGUAGGCCACAGUACACACAGACACUCGUGAAGUGAUCUUUAUUUCUUACAAUACCACAGAUAACCUGAGGUCAUAUACAGUAUAUGUACAGGAGCUGCUAUCACAGUGACUGUGACCAUAACUAUAUGAACAGUAUCAUCAUAUCGAGUAAGCCUGCAGUUUAUAAAAGAGGAUGUGUGCAUAUAAUGCUUUUUAUUCUUUCCAUGAAAGAGCUACUAAACAUAGCCUGAAAGCGUAUUAUCUUUGCCUUAACUGUGAACAAUAUGAUCAAGGAUUUGUUCAUUUAUUCCCUCCACCCCUUCUCUUGACCAGUUCACUGUUACAUUUAUGUAAUCAAACUUAUUAAAAAAAUAUGCCUUGGUU